AUGCCAAAGGACGACAGAGAUGAAGAAGGUCUGCGUCGCACUUACGAUGUCGUUGUGUGUGGGACGGGGUUAGUGCAAGCAAUUGUAUCAGCGGCAUUGGCACGUGCUGGGCUUUCCGUUCUCCACUGCGAUGGUUCCGACUAUUAUGGCGAAAUGGAUUCUACUUGGAAUCCAGAAAUAAUUCAGGAGAAAAUCAAAGAAAAGAAAAGCAGUGCCGAAUUAUUGGCUGAAGUAUCAUGCAAAUCCUCUCAUAUCGAUAAGGGUUUCAUAGCGAUGAAUCCAAAGGGUAGUGAAAGCAAUUUGCAGUGGCACUCUGAAAACAAAGUUGACAGCUUUGGUUUAGACGUCGGAAUCCUGGUUGAUACUCCUUUCGGAAAAGGGACUGUCGUUGAGUUGCCAAAAAGUUUCGAUGAGUCGAUUGUUGUUGCCUUAGAAAAAUGGGUUCUUGCCAAUGGCAAAAGAUCGUUGGUGUACUUCCGCAUACCACAUGAAUAUCGCCACAACUCCUUCUCUUCUCAAGUGCUUGAAGAGUUGCUCUUCCAGACGCAAGGAGUACAAUCACUUCGUACAGCAAAAGCAAAACGAAUAUUGAAUGACCAUCGCAUUUCUCUUGAUGCUACACCAGCGUUUGUUCUCGCUUCAGGAAGAGCAGUUUCAGGUAUGCUAGCUAGUAAUGUUGCUGACUACUUGGAAUUCAGAAGUGCAGAAGGGUUGUUUUGGCUGGAAGGAGGAGACCUCUCGAAAGUACCUUGCUCCAAGAACGAUGUGUUUGGGACCAAACUGCUCGCUCCGAUGGAUAAACGACGGCUUAUGAAGUUCAUACAGCUCGCAAUGGACUACGCAACACAGACAUCAUCCGACGAAGAGCGACAGCAGCAAGUUUCUUUGGAAACAGCUAAUGCAAUGGAGAAUUCACCUGAUGCACCAACGAGUACUUUGGAAACCGUAGAAUCAGAAGUGCAGUCGUUGAAUGAGCGUCACCUGAAUCAUGGAAGGUCUCUAGCCCGCCCGCAAAACAAAGUUGUGUCAACUGAAGCCUUGUCUAUUUUGAAGCAGUGCAUGGAUGAUGGGAUGGCUUUCGACACAUUCUUGGAGAAGGUACACAAGCUGUCGCCAAAGCUGCAAGCUAUAGUUCGAUACGCUAUUGCCUGGGAACGAGAAGUUUCGAGCGUUUCGCUGGCCGAAGGGAUGGAAAAUCUAAAACUUCACCUCCAAGCAGUAGGGCGAUUUGGGAACACUGCGUUUAUCUUCCCUCUAUAUGGGAGCGGGGAGCUGCCGCAGGCAUUUUGUAGAUCAGCUGCAGUGUUCGGUGCAACAUUUUUGUUACGGAGAGCCGCUGUCGGCAUCAAGGUUUCAGAUGGGAAUGGUGUAACUGGUGCUUUGAUUUCUGAAGACAAUUCUUCGGAGUGCAAGAUGAUUGAGUGCAAAACAAUAAUCGCAUCUGAGGCCUCUUUCUCACUUGAAAGAACGACAAGGUCGUGCAAGAGGAUACUACGACGGAUUAGUGUGCUGAGUGGCAGAGUGAUCCGAUCUGAUGAUACGGAUUGUCACAUCACUACUAUUCCUCCGAAGACUGUUGGUAAUUCGCACACAAUUCAUUGCGUAACCCUAGAUCAUACGCUGCAAGUUGUCCAUCAUGGGUGCACUGUUAUGCAUCUGACAACAACCGUGGAAUGUGACAAAGGUCAGGAAACAGAUGAUGAGAUUCUUUCAGAGGCGAGCCGAAUGAUAAUUGAAGCAAGCGGAAGCCAGCUCGACGAAGUCUACCAAGUCUGUUUCAGUCACUGCUUCGAGCCGACUGGAUUUUUUUCUGUCUCCGAUGUCCCAGAAGGUCUGCAUCUUUGCCAUCACAGCGGACAGGCUUUGACUGUUGACAAUGCUUUCGCUCAAGCAGAAAGCAUCUUUUCCAAAAUUUGUCCUGGCAAAGAUUUCUUGAAACUGUCAGAAGACUUUGAUGUUCAAAUAAAAGAGAGGGCCACAGAAAAUAAUAUCAAUGACGACGAAAAAAAUAUGCUUGAGAGCGCUUUGGAUAUCGUGAGGAAAACCAAAGAAAACAAAAACGAACAAACACGUGGAUAG